CUCCUUGGCGUGUUUUAGCCGAUUAUAGUCCUCACAAAUUCAAUCGAGAAAAACAGAAAGAAUCUGAGAAAUCCCAUUUCUUCGAUGUGUUGAUCCCUUAGUUGAAAUUGAAUUUCUUUUUUGGUAGAGAAAAGGAGAAAAUAGGGAGUUUGACUACGUUGACUGACUGAUUAAUUAUUGAUUGAUUGAGUGGUAGAUCAUCAUCAAUCCAACGCCUAAAAGGAUGAUUAUUUUCAAGGGAGUGUGAGAAGUGAUAAGGUUGAUGGAGAAUAUGUGGUUGCUUCGCUUGGCAUCAACAAAGUGACACAGUCUUUCUAAUUUUGAACCCAAUAUUGAAACUUCAAAGGGUUAUCGAACUUGGGGUUGAAGUCGACUGUUAUCAGUGAAUUAGGCUUGUCUUGUGUACGGGCAGCACAAAAAUCGGCCAAAUCCAUUUUGGAGUUUUAGUCAUCUCAUAAGUCAAAUUGAAAAUUCAAUUGUACCUAGCGCCCUAAGAACACUGGGUCUGCCUUAUCUAGUUGAUUUGUCAUAGUUGAUACAAUGGGUGUCUCAGGAAAAUGGAUCAAAGCAUUGGUUGGCUUGAAAAAAACAGAAAAGUCGCAAUCUUCAGAGAAGGGAGAAAAUAGGGCAGCUACUAGGAAAUUCCAUCACCGAAGAAAGCAUUCUGUCGAGGUUGACACAGAUAAACUUCAAGCAGAGUUGGAUCAAAAUGCUGCGCCAAUAGUCAGAGAUGUUAAUACUCAUGCAAAUGCGGAGGCUGCUGGCACUCCCUCUGGUUCUCUUCAAGUGUGUGAUGCAGCUGUUAAUGAACUUACUAGGGAAGAAUGGGCUGCCACAAGGAUACAAACAGCCUUUCGUGGGUUUCUGGCUAGAAGAGCUUUGCGAGCCUUAAAAGGAUUAGUAAGGCUGCAGGCCCUUGUUAGGGGUCAUGCUGUAAGAAAACAAGCUGCAAUGACUCUUCGCUGCAUGCAAGCUUUGGUCAGAGUUCAGGCUCGUGUAAGAGCAAGGAUUGUUCGACUGGCAUUGGAAAGUGAAACUGCCCAACAGAAACUCCAGCAACAACUUGCAAAUGAGGCUCGUGUUAAAGAAGUAGAGGAAGGGUGGUGUCAUAGUGUAGGAUCUGUUGAAGAAAUUCAAUCCAAGUUACUAAAGAGGCAGGAGGCUGCAGCUAAACGUGAGAGAGCCAUGGCAUAUGCUCUGGCCCAUCAGUGGCAGGCAGGAUCAAGACAGCAGUCUAUGCCUGCAGGGUUUGAACCAGACAAAAGCAGCUGGGGUUGGAACUGGCUGGAAAGGUGGAUGGCUGUACGUCCAUGGGAGAAUCGUUUUCUCGACAUUAAUCUUCGAGAUGGAGUAAUGAUAUGCAAGGAUGGUUCUUCAGAGGGAAACAAUGGUGCCAAUUCUCAGAUAAAACCUGCUAUCCUGUUGCCAGCUGCAUCAAAUCUUCGUGCUAAUCUAAAGACAGGUCCAUCGUAUUCUGGAGGGAGUGAUUCUUCUCCUGGAAAGUCAGCAAACGUGCUAGAAACGGUCAAUGCAUUAUCUUCCAAGCCAAUAUCCAAACCAGUCCUUGAAGAUUUGGUUGAAGAAGCUGGCACAAUACAUACUAUAACUUCAAGAUCUAGAAGCAAUCCUAAUGAGAGGACCUUAAAGUCAGAUAAACAGCCAAAGAAGAGAUUGUCUCUACCUAACAGUGGGGGAGGUAACGGAACUGAAACCAGCAGGCCUGGCAGAACUGCUGCAAAAGCAACACCAGGCUCUCACAAGCCGAUAAAGGACAUGUCCAAGUCCAACGGACAAGGGGGGGACUCGAAUCCUGCAACAAAUAUGUCACAGGCUUUUGAUAUUUAAGGAAGUAUCUUGAAGACAAACCAAAUUGGUUUCCAUCCACCCAGGUCUUGUGUUAGCAUGCGUAUUGAGUUACAGCUGAGGCGGGGAGCGUAGCUCCAUCUUCAUGGCAGAGUUGAGAUUGGGUAGGCUUGGUUUGUCAUGUGAAUAAGUCAAUAAGGUGGGUUGGUUUCAUAUGUUGAUGCUGUAAUGAGCUGUGAUAAAAUGUAACAAAACCCAC